AUGUCUGACCUGUACCGCUCUGCGCUCGCUGCCCGCAUCGCGAAGCUCCCAACGCUGCCUCACUCUGACGAAGACGAAGACGACGAUGAAGAGUCCGAGGCUGUGGACUCGCUCGGUUCUCUGCCAUCCACGAUGGGUCCCCCGCAAGUAAUCCCCCGCGCGCCCCCCAGGCCCGUUCGCACCACCAGGCGCAACUCCUCCGUCGACCACUCCCCGCUCUCCGCCGCCCACUUCUUCGACCAGGCCACACAGGUCGACGUGCCCGACUCCGGACUCGACGUCCGCGUCUUCUACACCCCGCCCAAGUUCGCCAAUGGCGCCGUCAUGAUCUGCCACCACGGCGCCGGCCACUCUGGCCUCACCUUCGCGUGCCUCGCCAAGGAGAUCACCGCCCUCAGCAACGGCGAGUGCGGCGUGCUUGCCCUGGACUGUCGCGGCCAUGGGAAAACCACCCGCCGCGAGCUGCCCCCGCCGCCAGAAGAGGAUUUGUCGCUCGAGACGCUCACCAUGGACUUCGUGAAUCUCCUCAAGGUCGUCUACCCCAACUCGGCGUCAGCGCCCACCCUGCUGCUAGUCGGCCACAGCCUCGGCGGCUCAGUAUGCGUCAACGCUCUCCCACUCCUGAUGGACCUCGGGUACCGCUUUACUGGCGUGGCCGUGCUCGAUAUCGUAGAAGAAUUCACGCUGGAAGCCCUCCCGCAGAUGCACAGCCUACUGGACGCUCGCCGCGCCGGCUUCGACAGCCCGGAGGACGCGAUAGAAUUUCAUGUGAGGACAAACGUCAUCCGCAACCUGGAGUCCGCACGCGUGUCUGUCCCCGGGCUCAUCGUGCCGUCGACUUUGCCGACAGAACCGCCGUAUGUCUGGCGCACAUCUCUUCGUGACACCGCGCCAUACUGGACCAGUUGGUUCACAGGGCUUUCCCGCAAGUUCCUGGCGGCGCGCGCUGCCCGCCUACUCGUGCUCGCGGGCACGGAACGCCUCGACCGCGAGCUCAUGAUCGGGCAGAUGCAGGGCAAGUUCCAGCUCGUCGUCAUGCCUGGUGUCGGGCACCUGCUGCAGGAGGACGACCCUGGCCGGCUCGCGAGCGUGCUCGUCGAGUUUUGGAGACGGAACGAUCGCGUGACUCAGGGUGUGAAGAAGGUCGGCGAGCUGUGA